AUGUCUAGCACAGAAAAAGUCGACGCAGCUGCAAGAAGUUCUCGAGCACGUCCUUCUGAAACCGCUGCAACUGCAAAUCCUGUUUCAGAAGAUGCUAGUGGAAAGGCUAGGGCUACUACUGCUAAACGCCCCCCAAAAACUAAAGCAAGUUCGAGCACUCAAAAAACAUCUAAGAGCGUCAAAGCAG